AUGAAUCAACUAACAAGUGAACAACAAGAGAAAAUAGAUACAUUUAAAGCAGUUUCAGGUAUUGAAGAUGAUGAAAAUUUAGAAAAUAUAAUUAAUUUAUUAUCAAUUAAUGAUUUUAAUUUAAAUAAUGCCAUUUCAACGUAUUUAGAUUCAGGAUUUGAAUCUUUAGGAAAUACGCCAAUUGCAGAAGGUAUGAGUUCAAGUAUUGAUGUACAUGAUGAUGCACAAAAUGAACAAAUACUACAUUCUCGAAAUGGAAGACAUUUUUCACCAAAUGAAAUUGUAAAUUUACAAAAUCAAUUAUUUAUGGAUAGUUUUAUACCUAAAUUACCUAAAGCUCCAUUAAUUUCUAAUGGUUGGCAAUUAGAAGUUGGAAUUCAUUCUUCAAUAAUACAUGAACGUGAAAGAAGAGAAAAGGAAGAAUUAGAAAAGAAGGAGGAUAAUAUAGUUGAAAAAACGGAAUCAAUAAGUUUAGAACCAGAGACUAAGAAACCAAGUAAUCCAUUAAAUUCAUUAUGGAUAAUCUUAUUAAUUAUACCCAAAUCUAUAUUAUCUAUUUUGGUGACUACUUUCAAGUUUUUAUUUAACUUUUCUUCGGGGGAUGAUGAUGACAGAUUAUCAAAGACUUUUAAUUUUGAAAAAUUUCAUCCAAAUUAUAAAUUUUUAGAUAAAUUUAAAGAGAUAAAGGAUAAUUUCAACCUACAUGAGUCAAAUUUUAAUGAUGUUCAUUCUUUUUGUCAGAGAGAAUACAAUUGGUUAUUAGUUAUACUAGUUAACGAUUCAACAGAAAGUCAAAAUUUCAUCAAUAGUUUACUCCAUGAUUCUACAUUCAAUAGAUUCUUUAAUAAAUCAAAUGGAGAUUUUAAAGAGACUCAAAUAUUUGUAAACAAUGUCGAACGAUCUCCUGAAAGUUUAGAGAUUGGACAAACUUAUAAAGUUCGUAAAAUUCCCCACGUUUUAUUAAUUGGUAAUGUUUCACCCAGUCAUGAAGUUAUGGCAAGUAUAUCAAUUGUAUAUAAACUGAAUUUAUCAAAGCCAUUUAUAACAGAUGAAGAAUUACCAAGUACGAUCAGCAAAAUUUUGAAAAAUUUUAAUAAAUAUCUUGAUAAAUUCAAUCCGCAAUUGGUGUCUGCUAGAUUUGAUAGACAAGAAAUGGAAUUUAGUAGAAUGAUAAGACAACAACAAGAAGAUGCAUAUAAUGAAUCAUUAAUUAAAGAUCAACAAAAGAAAGUUGAAAAACAACAACAAGAGAAAUUGCAAAAAGAAAUGGAAUAUAAAACAAAAUGGAAACAAUUUAACUUAUUACAUUCAAUUAAGAAUGUUGAUUCAUAUAUUUCAGAUGAUGGGAUUAGAAUUGCAAUUAAAUUACCUAAUGGUAAACGAUUAAUUGAAAAAUUUAAUAAAAGUAUAAACAUUAUUGAAUUUUACUUUUAUAUUGAAGUUAAAUUGUUUGUUGAAAAUUUAUUACAAGAACAACAGUGUAGUAUAGAUGAAGUUACAGAUAUCAUUGAUGAAUUAAUUGAUAAUUUAGAUAUAAAUGAAGAGGAACAUUUAUCUAGCGAUGAAUAUUAUGAAACAUUUGGAUUUAAUUUUGAAUUAAUACAACCAUAUCCUAAGAAAGUAAUAGAACCUACAACUGAAUUUAUCGGUGAUUGUAAAGAGUUUAAAGGUGCUAAUUUCCUAGUUGAAUAUAAAGACGAAGAAGAAGAAGAAGACGAAGAAGAAGACGAACAAGAUGAAGAAAUAGACCCUUGA